CUCGAGGAACCGGCGCAGCUUCCAAUUGGUUGGUAACGUGCACGUGAACAACUCUGGAAUGCGGACAAUGUAUGGAGAUAUCUUUCCUAAUGUAAACUUCCACUUUAACGGGCGCGAGUUUCUGGCAACUACAAACUGGUGGCCUCCAUUUAUGGACCGAUACGAGGUGAACGGUACUCGUGUGUACUUCGGCUUCUGUCAGGACCUAUUGGAUGAACUUGCCAGUCAACUCAACUUCACGUACAUAAUGACGGAGCCUGCAGACAAGGAAUGGGGGUUCGCGCUCGACAACGGAAGUUGGACGGGAAUGAUUGGAGAGUUACAGAGAGAGGAGGUGGACUUAAUGAUAGCACCGGCAUCUAUCCAGGCGGGGCGGGAGAUGGUGAUGGACUUCACCCAUCCAUACUACUUUGAUACGUCAACCAUUUUGAUGAAACGCCCCGAUCCCAACAAAACUAAAUGGCGGACUUUGAUUGACCCAUUUGCUGAUAUUGUGCACAUGUGUAUCUGGAUCACUCUCUCACUUGCCGCUCUGAUACUAACACUCCUGGAGAAAAUCAACCCGUUCUACAGGCACCAGGACGAAGAACACCGAACGUAUCAAAACACGUUCUGGUAUAUGUUUGGGGCACUUCUUACUCAAGGUGGUGACCGUCUGCCGGAAUCGCAGACCGGAAGGACGCUGAUCAGUUUUUGGUGGCUGUUCUCAAUCAUAAUGGUGGCCACCUACAGCGGCAAUCUCAUUGCCUUCCUCACGGUUGCUAAGGAUAAACUUCCCUUCAACUCUCUGGCUGAACUUGUUGCACAGUCCGAGUAUGGCUGGGGUACCUUAGGGGGGACAUACUUCAUCACCAUGUUCAAGGAUUCGACAUUACCAGUCUAUCUAAAGGUCUGGGAUGGUGUCGUGAAAGCUAAUGCGUCCGACCCCCGGGCUCUCUCGCCCGACCCUGCCAUCCAUAUCCAGAAGAUUUUACAGGAGGACUAUGUCUACUUCGGCGACAAAGUUGUCAUGGACAUGCGGAGAGUGAACGACUGUCGCUUGACAACUGUUGGCGAAGAAAUUCCAAAUAUGUCGUAUGGUGUUGGUUUACCAAAUCACUCGCCUUACACCAACAUAUUCUCCAAUAAAAUAUUGGAAUUACUUGAGAGUGGAAUAUUUUCCAUAUACACACACAGACAUUGGCCAAAAGUGAAUUAUUGUAAGGAAACAAUACAGGCGAGUGCCAAGGAGAUAUCGCUUAUAGACGUACAUAGUGCCUUCAUUUUGAUUGGGAUAGGAAUAGCAUUCGCUUCCCUGGUCCUGUUGUGUGAGUUUCUGAUGAGGUAUCGGUUCAAACUAUUUAGCUGUUUGAUAUCACAAAGUAUCAAAGACCGCCAUGUUGCUAAUAAGAAAUUCCGUGAUUGUCAAACUUUGUAUAUCGACGGGAGACAGAAACCGGAACCGGAAACGUCAGAACGACGAAGAUCCGUGGCGAUGAAGUCAGAAGAAAGAGGCAGUAACGUAAACAAAUUAGAUAAUAAGAGAACUUUAGAAACAAACGAUAAACAGGACCUAAGUUGACUGAAUGGACAGUCGGAAAGAUGUCUUGUAUUUUACUCAUUGAUAAUCAUUUUAUAUUCCGUCCGAUUAUAAACUGCCUAUUUCGAUUGAUGUUACUUGUUUUACCAACAUCUUGUAACAUUGUGUCUUUUAUCGGUUGUCGUGUAUCAUUUAUCAGGCUGUCCAAUGCACCAUGGGCAUCUUCUCGGUCACUUUAACAUUUGGUUGAUAAAUAUGUAACGAAUUAACAUUUAACUACCUUGUGUAUUGAAUUAUAUAUAGCAAUAGCUCUAAACAAACAGCGAUGAUAUGUUUCAAUAGUAUCUAGUGUACUGCCGUUCAAACAGGCGGUACACUCGAUUAGAUGUAGCCUUAUAUCUGGUUACGUACCACGGACGAAGUCGGCGUAGUGGUACAGAGGAUGAAAACCCUAAUAACGGGAUCGGUAAUGGUAUAGUGUUUUUUUCACAAGUGUCUUUCCAUUGGUAGCUGAACGUUAAUUGAAAGAAUUAGGAAGGACGAAAGUUAACCCGUACCCAUAUAGGGAUUUAACAUAAGCAUCAACCCGCAAUAUAAAUCAAGGUCAAAGCCAAGUAGUGUCACGUCUUAAAAUGGAGAACCGUAGUAGUGACAGCGGAACAACAAGGUGCAGUUAUGAGCAUAAUCAAAAAGAUCGGCCCUCAUAUUACACAAGGACAUAUCAUGUUUGAUGUCAUGAUGGCAAACAUAAAACUUCAUCCUGGAUCUCUCAAAACAAUGUGUAAUACUGUUGUAAGUGUUUCUGUCUGAAGCCAAUACUUAUCACUGAAACCAUGAUAUUCGAAGCAAGCUCUUUGAUACUGAUUCAACUGUAGCAUAAAAACACCAGAUGUUGGGUAAACAUGUAGGCUAUUAUCAAGAAAGGGAAAGUUCAUAACUGGAAAAAGAAAUUGUCACGCUUAUCGUACCACUUAUUUCAAUUUUAGAUUAUUUAUGAUUGAAUGGUUAAUACAUUUCUGACUACACAAUAAAGACUGCCAUUGUCACUUUAUAAAGGUAGGUUGACAACCUACAAUAAUUUUUAUCAACUUUGUGAUAAGUUUCAUGUUUUGUUAACAAUAAAAAUCUACUUACCAUGUUCAUGUCUAUCAAUAUGACGUUGUUGAUAUCAACAUAACAGUAAGUUUAUAUUUGAUAAUCAGUAACUAAUCAUUUUGAAAAUUAAGCUUGUUGAAUAUAUAUAUACGUAUCUACAUUUGAUGAGUCAAUAAAGAAAAUUGAGAUAGGGGACUGAAUGUUGACUCGCACAAGUCGAAAUAAUUUGAAUCCCUCAUUGGAAAAUAAGUAACGGCUUAUCAGACGGCUAGCUUUAGACUGGUAAAAAAUAGCAACCUAUUUGCCUUUUUAUUUGAUAUAUCAAAAAUCAGACAAAUCAUAAAAAUGAUACAAAUCAAAGAUUU